AUUGUCAACGACGGCCCAACGCGCAUUGAUCCGUGGCCUCCCACAUUCCCCAGCAGAGAGAGGAGCAGAAACCUCACGCGUUCCCCGCCGUCUCCCACUCCGCUCCCACACCCAGGCGCGCGGCAAGGCAGACGCAUCAAAACACACAGCAGCACGGCAGCGCGUCCAGUGCCCCGCCAUAACUCCGGUUCCCCUUCUCGGCUUCUCCUCCUUCCCCGGCAGUUAAUGCCGCCAACCACCAGAUCCAGCCCCCCGGAAACAAAUACCCUCUUCCCGUUCUGCCCCUCCCCCCCCCGCGCAUCAUGCCAUUCCGCCCCACGAUCAUACCCCCGCCGCUGCCGCCGACGAGGGGGAUUGAGCCAUGUCCAUCCUCGACCCGCUCGCAUCGCUCGGGCUCGGGUACGCCAUCGCCAUCGCGCUCGGCGUCCUCGUGCUCCUCGCGUCGGUGCUACUGGCAUCCUACUUCUGCCUCCGCCGCGGGGCCGGCGAGGGGUUCGGCGGCGGCAACAGCUCCGCGCGGCACGCCGUCUCCUCCGCCUCCAGCUCGGGGCACAUAUCCAUCACCGUGCCCCGCGUCGUCUUCGUGGCGGACGACUACGACUCCCCGGGUUCCUCCUCCCGCGGCGCCGCCGCCGCGGCCUCGCCCGUCGGCCUCGACCCCGCCGCCAUCGCUUCGUACCCGAGGGUGCCCUUCUCCAGGGCCGCGGCGGGGGCGGACGCCGAGGCCGCGUGCUCGAUCUGCCUCAGCGAGUACAGGGAGGGCGAGAUGCUGCGGGCGAUGCCCGAGUGCAGGCACAGAUUCCACCUCACGUGCCUCGACGCGUGGCUGCGGCGGAGCGCGUCGUGCCCCGUCUGCCGGUCCUCGCCCAUCCCCACCCCCGUCUCCACCCCGCUCUCCACCCCACUCUCGGAGCUCGUCCCGCUGUCGCAGUACGCUGCCGACCGUCGCCGGAGCAGGUGACGGGGAUUGUCAUUUCACAUUCUUCAUUCUUUUCGUUUUAAUCCCGUUUGCUGCUGUUUAUCAACGAUGGGAUGCGGUGCUGGUUGUUGCAUUGGUCGGGACAGGUUUGGGUGAUCCAUCGGUGAUGCUUAGCGUAUUCAAUCUGGGCUAGAACUGCCAUAACAUGGAGAAAGUUUUGCUUGGUAGCAGCACAUUGUUGGACUAAGGCAGGCAAUCAGUGUACAUACAUUGUUCUUCCAUUCUAAUAUAGCUUCUAUCAAGUGAAGUUACCUGUGUCC